AUGACCGUGGGCCAAGUCCACAGGCUUGAGUGUCUAAAGCCAGCCCUCCAGUCACAUAGUGGGGAGUUAGGAUACGCUGCUCUGUCUACCUUCCUUGUUCCCUUGAUCACUCACACAGCUUUUGCUAUGAAAAAUUGUGAUGAGAGUGCAGAGGAAAACAUUUUGAUCUGCAACUAUGUGGGACCUGCAAAAGUUAUUGUUCAGUUGGUCACCAAUGGAAAAAAUAUCCACUUGCAUGCCCACAGCCUGGUGGGAAAACACUGUGAGGACGGGAUCUGCACUGUGACUGCUGGACCCAAGGACAUGGUGGUCGGCUUUGCAAAUUUGGGAAUACUUCAUGUGACGAAGAAAAAAGUCUUUGAAACACUGGAGGCACGAAUGACGGAUGCAUGUGUAAGGGGCUAUAAUCCUGGACUGUUGGUGCACCCUGAACUUGGCUAUCUGCAGGCAGAAGGUGGAGGGGACCGACAACUCACAGAUCAAGAAAAGGAGCUUAUCCGGCAAGCAGCGCUGCAGCAGACAAAGGAGAUGGAUCUCAGCGUGGUGCGCCUCAUGUUCACGGCUUUUCUCCCUGACAGCACUGGGAGCUUCACAAGGCGUCUGGAACCCGUGGUAUCAGACGCCAUCUAUGACAGCAAAGCCCCCAAUGCAUCCAACUUGAAAAUUGUAAGAAUGGACAGGACAGCAGGAUGUGUAACUGGAGGGGAAGAAAUUUAUCUUCUCUGUGACAAAGUUCAGAAGGAUGACAUCCAGAUUCGAUUUUAUGAAGAGGAGGAAAACGGUGGAGUUUGGGAGGGAUUUGGAGAUUUUUCUCCCACAGAUGUCCAUAGACAAUUUGCCAUUGUCUUCAAAACUCCAAAGUAUAAGGAUGUCAACAUUACGAAACCAGCUUCUGUGUUUGUCCAACUUCGGAGGAAAUCUGAUUUGGAAACUAGCGAACCAAAACCUUUUCUCUACUACCCGGAAAUCAAAGAUAAAGAGGAAGUGCAGAGGAAGCGGCAGAAGCUCAUGCCCAACUUUUCGGAUAGUUUCGGUGGUGGCAGUGGUGCGGGAGCUGGAGGCGGAGGCAUGUUUGGUAGUGGCGGUGCAGGAGGGAGUACUGGAAAUCCAGGUCCAGGGUAUGGCUUUCCACACUAUGGAUUUCCUACAUAUGGUGGGAUUACCUUCCAUCCUGGAACCACUAAAUCCAAUGCUGGGAUGAAGCAUGGAAUCAUAAACACUGAAUGUGAAAAUGACCCUGAAGGUUAUGACAACAGUGAUGACAGAGAGACUGUAAAUCUCUCUGGGAAAGAAAGCAAACCCACAGAACAAGAUAAGGAGUCGGGCAAGUCCAGCAGCAGGAAUGAGGUUACUCUGACGUACAGGGUGGGAGUAAAGGAAGAGAAUGCUUGUAGGUUUCAGGAUAACCUCUUCCUAGAGAAGGCCAUGCAGCUCGCCAAACGUCACGCCAAUGCCCUUUUUGACUAUGCAGUAACGGGAGAUGUGAAGGUGCUGCUGGCUGUCCAGCGCCAUCUCACUGCAGUGCAGGAUGAGAAUGGAGACAGUGUCUUACACUUAGCCAUCAUCCACCUUCAUGCUCAGCUUGUGAGAGAUCUGCUAGAAGUCACAUCUGGUUUGGUUUCUGAUGACAUUAUCAACAUGAGAAACGAUCUGUACCAGACACCCUUACACUUGGCAGUGAUCACUAAGCAGGAAGAUGUGGUGGAGGACUUGCUGAGGUCUGGGGCCGACCUGAGCCUUCUGGACCGUUUGGGUAACUCUGUUUUGCACCUAGCUGCCAAAGAAGGACAUGAUACAAUUCUCAGUAUCGUACUCAAACACAGAAAGGCAGCACUACUUAUUGACCACCCCAAUGGGGAAGGUCUGAAUGCCAUACACAUAGCCGUGAUGAGCAAUAGUCUGCCAUGUCUGCUGCUGCUGGUGGCCUCUGGGGCAGAUGUCAAUGCUCGGGAGCGGAAGUCUGGGCGCACGGCACUGCACCUGGCUGUGGAACAUGACAACAUUUCUUUGGCGGGCUGCCUACUCCUGGAGGGUGAUGCCCAUGUGGACAGUACCACCUAUGAUGGAACUACACCCUUACAUAUUGCAGCUGGGAGAGGGUCCACCAAACUGGCAGCGCUUCUCAAAGCAGCAGGAGCAGAUCCCUUGGUAGAGAACUUUGAGCCUCUCUAUGACCUAGAUGACCCAUGGGAGAAUGCUGGAGAGGAUGAGGGAGUGGUGCCUGGAACCACACCUCUGGAUAUGGCUGCCAACUGGCAGGUGUUUGACAUAUUAAAUGGGAAACCAUAUGAGCCAGAGUUCACACCUGAUGAACAAGGAGAUAUGAAACAGCUUAACGAAGAUGCAAAGCUACAACUCUACAAGUUGCUAGAAAUUCCUGAUCCAGACAAAAACUGGGCUACUCUGGCACAGAAAUUAGGUCUGGGGAUACUUAAUAAUGCCUUUCGGCUGAGUCCUGCUCCUUCUAAAACUCUUAUGGAUAACUAUGAGGUCUCUGGGGGAACUAUCAAAGAGCUGGUGGAGGCCUUGCGACAGAUGGGCUACACUGAGGCAAUUGAAGUGAUCCAGGCAGCCUUCUGCACCUCAGGAACCACAGUGUCCAGCCCCAAGAAGAACACCUCUCAGGCUCACUUGCUGCCCCACUCACCUUCUUCCACAAGGCAGCACAUAGAUGAGCUUCAAGACAGUGACAGCAUCUGUGACAGUGGUGUGGAGACAUCCUUCCGCAAACUCAGCUUUACAGAGUCUCUGACUGGCAGCAGCUCAUUGAUAACUCUGAACAAAAUGCCCCACAAUUACGGGCAGGAAGGACCAAUAGAAGGCAAAAUUUAGCCUACAGACGAUUUCCCUCACCAGUAAACCAAAACCCUAAAAUUCCAGUGCAUCGUCCCAAAGAAGGAAGGUAAAGUGCAUCCAGAGGUGCUCAGAGGAGAACCAGCCUGCCGGGAUCAUUCUGGAUUUCCUUCCAGGCCUUCUAAACUUGGCUUCCUUUCUUGGUUCUUACAUGAAUUUUAGUUGGUCCACGUACAGAUAGUAUAUAGCAAUCACAGCACUCGGGGUGAGCUGACAUGUCGCUGGGGGUGACGGGUUUAUUGAGCUUUACCGGCUGCUGCUGGAUUACAGCUGCUUCCUGUUGUCCUUGCUGCUGUCCCUCUGCUGCCGUCCCAAUGUCCCCACCUGGUGAUCUUUCUAGCCGCCAUGGCACAAUGUUCAUUCAGAUUAAGGAUUAAGAAAAGAGAUAUUUUAAAAUGAGAGUCACUUGAUAUGCAAUAAAAAGGCUUAUUGCUUUUUCUAAUGUGCUUCUCUGUGAUUUGAAAAAAAAAAACCCAUGAACUUAUUAAUAUUUAAACAUGGCUGCAAUCAGUGCCGAAAAUAGUAUUUUCCCCUUUUUCUGCAUUUUGCUAU